AUGGGUGUUCCGAAGUUCUUCAGAUGGCUCUCGGAGCGCUAUCCUGCCAUCUCGCAGCUCAUCGCCGAGAACCGGAUUCCCGAGUUCGACUGUCUCUACCUGGACAUGAAUGGUAUCAUCCACAAUUGUACACACAAGGACUCGGAUGACGUGCAGUUUCGCCUCAGCGAGGAGGAGAUGUUCAUCGCCAUAUUCAACUACAUAGAACAUCUUUUUGGCAAGAUCAAGCCCAAGAAGUUGUUUUUCAUGGCCAUCGAUGGCGUGGCCCCGCGCGCAAAGAUGAACCAACAACGUGCCCGCCGUUUCCGGACCGCCCUAGAGGCCGAAAAAGCGCGCGACAAGGCCAUCAAGGAGGGAAAGGAGCUGCCCAAAGAGGAACCGUUCGACAGCAACUGCAUUACACCUGGAACCGAGUUUAUGGCCAAGUUAACGCAACAGCUCAAGUACUUCAUCAACAAGAAAGUAUCAGAGGACAGGGACUGGCAACAACCCGAAAUUGUGCUCUCUGGCCACGAGGUGCCGGGCGAGGGCGAGCACAAGAUUAUGGAAUACAUCCGGAAUGCGCGCGCCCAGCCCGAGUACAACCCCAAUGUCCGACAUUGCUUGUACGGGCUAGAUGCCGAUCUCAUCAUGUUGGGACUACUGAGCCACGACCCGCACUUCUGCCUUCUCCGCGAGGAGGUAACGUUCGGCCGCCAAGCAAAACACAAGUCGAAAGAGCUGGAACAUCAGAACUUCUAUCUGAUGCACCUCUGCAUUGUCCGAGAGUAUCUUGAGCUUGAGUUUCAAGAUCUCAAGAAGGAAGGAGCCAUGUCGUUUCCGUUUGAUAUGGAGAAGGUCAUUGAUGACUUCAUCCUCAUGGCCUUCUUUGUCGGCAACGACUUUCUCCCCAACCUCCCUCACCUUCACAUCAACGAGGGCGCCUUGGCGACCAUGUUUAGGAUAUACAAAUCUGUCCUCCCCAAAUGCGAUGGUUACAUCAACGAGAACGGGAAGGUCAAUCUCCAAAGGCUUAGCCGCCUGUUAGAUGAGCUUGGAAAAGAGGAGUACCGGUUUUUCGAACACGAGAACGAGGACGAGAGCUGGCUGCGAGGAAAACGGAUGCUCGAGAAUGAUGAGACCGAGAAGCUGAGAGCAAAGGCCAAGGGAAAGCUCAUCGUCAGCUCUGAGCAGAAGGCUCUUUGGAAGCGGACCAUUCGCAAGUUUCUCACCAACCGCGGAUCUCGAACCUUGGAUCUUGGCGCGGGGCUCAACGCCGCAGACCGCAAGUUUGUCCAGGAUCUCGCCGAAGCCGCGCAUUUGGAGUGGGCCACCAAACCGGAUGACGAGGGCCAUCGCCACUUGAUUCUGUCUUACCCCGCUGGAGACGAAGAGGACGAAGAGGACGAGGAAGCCCAGUCAGCGGUGCUACGAAUCGUCAAGAGAUACGACAAUGCCCAGACCCUUGAUCUCACUUCGGCUGAUGCCCAGGCUGCUAUGGAGGCCAAGUACAAAGAGAAGUUCCAGGAAUGGAAGGACGAAUACUACGAUCAGAAAUUUGAGGACUGGACUCCGGACAACAGGGAAGAGGAGCUUCGGAAGCUGACUGAGAACUACGUCCAAGGUCUGCAGUGGGUCCUCUACUACUAUUACCGCGGUAUCGCCUCGUGGCCCUGGUUCUACGCCUACCACUACUCUCCCAUGAUCUCGGACGUCGUGAAAGGGCUGAAUGCGGAUCUCAACUUCAAGUUGGGUCAGCCUUUCAGGCCCAACGAGCAGCUCAUGGGCGUCCUUCCGGAUCGCAGUAAAAAGAUCGUCCCCAAAGUGUACUGGGAGCUUAUGACGGACCCCAAGUCGCCCAUCAUCGAUUUCUAUCCCAGAGAUUUCGAGCUGGACAUGAACGGCAAGAAGAUGGACUGGGAAGCUGUUAUCAAGAUUCCCUUCAUUGAAGAGAAGCGCUUGCUAUCGGCCAUGGCUCCCAAGGAUGCCCUUCUCUCCGACGCCGAAAAGGCACGCAACGACUUCGGAGUUGCUCUCAAAUUCACCUACUCUGGGGAUAUAGACUUUGUCUAUCCGUCUUCUCUCGUGGACGUCUUUCCACCCAUUACCCAUUGUCACUGCGUGGAGAACAUAUUUGAUCUCCCUGCUGUGGAAGGGCUGGAGUACCGCGCUGGUCUCACAGACGGCGCCCUGCUCAAUAUUGAGGCUCUGGCCGGGUUUCCUAGCCUGGCGACGUUGCCGUACGUCGCUAGCCUUGGCUUCCAUGGGGUCAACGUCUUCCAGCAAGAGAGCCGGAACGAGAGCAUGAUCGUCAACCUCCUAGAAACAGAGAUGCGGACCAAUGUGGAGUCGGCUAAAGUCAAGCUCGGCCAACGCUGCUUCGUUGGCUACCCUUUCUUGCAGGAGGCCAAGAUCAUCAAAGUCUCGGACGAGCUCUUCGAUUACACCCUUGCCGAAGAUGGCAGUGGGCAGGUUGUCCCCAGGAACCAUACGCCUCGCGAAAUCGAGGACUGGUCCAAGAAGGCAGACAGAAUCGAGAACUUUUACAGCAAGCGGCUGGGAAUCCAGAUUGGUCCUGUUGAGUCGCUGGUUUCUGUCCACAUGCUCAAGGGCCUCGUCAAGACCGAUGAGGGCGCCACCGUGAAAGAGUACGGGGAGAUUCCUGGCAUGGAGACCGAGUACGCCUCUCAGAUCAUUGUGGACGAAGUUGUCAACGAGGAUGAGCGUUUCAUUGAGAAGGCCGCUCUCCCUGUCGAGGAGGAAUUUCCUCUCAAGUCAGUCGGCUUCUUCCUGGGCGAUUAUAACUACGGCCAGCCUUUGGAGGUUGUGGGCUACACGGCCGGGAAAGUCAGCAUCUGGCUUGCGGUCUUAGAAAAGCGUGAGCCAGACUUCGCCAAGAGGAUCAUCCACGAUGCUCAAAAGGGGAUGCAUUAUAUGCCUUCUUACAUGGUGGCCAAGCAAUUGGACCUGCAUCCCCUUACCCUUAGCAAGAUCACCUCAUCGUACUUUAUCCGGACGGUUGGCGAUCUCCGCGUCAACCUUGGGCUCAACCUCAAGUUCGAGGCCAGGAAGCAGAAGGUGCUGGGCUACUCUCGCAAGUCUCAAACUGGCUGGGAGUUUAGCCCCGCCGCUGUCCACUUGAUCUUGGAGUACAUGACGAAGUUCCCCGACUUCUUUGCUGGGGUCAAACGGAACCCGUCGGGCGCUGAGCUCACCGAGUCGGAUCUCUGGACGGACCCCGCCGUCGGCUCUCCCCGAGUCAAGGAAAUCGGCAGCUGGCUCAAAACGCUCAAGACCAGCUCCAUGGAGCGUGUACCCCUCGAUGCCGAGCAGCUCGACUCGGACGUGGUCAUGCGGCUCGCCAGCGAAGCAGACAACUUGCAGCUCAGCACGGUUCCUUCUAAUCCCAAGAAGAUGAACGGUGUGCCGCGCAACGCCCUCAUGAGACCCGAAGAUGCCGAACAUCGCCUCGGUAACCAGCAGUUUGCCCUCGGCGACCGCGUCGUGUACGUCGCGUCUACCGGCAAGGUCCCUAUUGCCUACCGUGGCACGGUGGUCGGCAUCAGCCGCACGCCCACCGCCAAGCUCCUAGACGUCGUCUUUGACGUCACCUUUAUGAGUGGCACCACUCUUGGCGACCGCUGCCCGCCUUUCCGCGGCCAGACGGUUCCUUCGACGGUUCUCCUCAACCUCACCAACCAUCAAGUCGUCGCCGGUUCCAAGGCCCAGGUCGCGCGCCAGCCCGUUAGCCCAUCGGUUACCACUCUCACGGCACACGGAGGCUACCACAUGAACGGCAAGCGUUACCAGGAUGCGGCUUCUCCAGCGCCCUUGCAGGGGACCUGGCGCGGCGCGCUGGCCGGUGCGCCCCGUGGUGGACGUGGCGGAGGUGGACGCGGCGCGAUUCAAGGCAAUCUGCCUUAUCGCCCACAUUAUCAGCAGCAGCAAUCGGACGGUCAACAUAACCCUAUGAAUGGCCAAGGCGGCCGUGGUCGUGGGGGUGGCCAGUUUAGAGGUCGUGGCGGCGGUGGCGGCCCCUAUCGAGGCCGCGGCGGAUACUCUGACGGCGCUGGCCCGGCUAAUGGGAAUGGAAUCGCGCACCCGGCGUCUGCUCCGCCUAUCUAUGGGGCCGUGCCGCCUCCGGCAAUCCUGGAUGCGCCGAGUCGUGGACGUGGACGUGGACGUGGUGGGCGGGGACGGGGCGACGGGCAGGGGUUCAGAGGGCGGGGUGGUGGAAGGGGUGGUGCGCAGGGACAAGGCCAGACGGCAGCUCCGCACAGCUAG